AUGGGCAGCUUCAUGACAGCAUCAAGCUCAGAUCAGCUAGAAAUGCCGAAGCCUCCAAACCUUGAGGAGCAAUAUUCUGACGCCUGUGAAGAACUGAAGCAGCCGGAGAACCCGUUCAUACUCCGCAUUCUCCAAGAAGUGAAGCUAGAUGAUGACAUGUCAACCAAAACUAUCAGUAUAAAGAUAGCUGGAAACAACCGGCUGAUUCCUGUGGUGAAGGUUACAGAUGGAGACUUCCCAGUUCUGGCUGCCGUCUUUUCGAACAAUGCAUUUCUUACAGGACUGGACCUUCGGUACAACCUGUUGACAGAUGCUGGUGCAGCCCACAUAGGUGCCUUCCUUCAGGGCAACCGUACUCUGCGUUACCUCAACCUGAUGUUUAAUGACAUUGGUACUGCUGGAGGAGGAUUCAUAGCUAAAGCACUGCACAGGAAUGAAACUCUGAUGCACCUACGGAUGACCGGCAACAAGAUUGACAACAAAGGGGGGAUGCACUUUGCGGCGAUGAUGCAGAUCAAUGCAACCCUGCAGAAGUUAGAUAUCGGAGACUGCGAUCUGGGAACGCAGAGUCUGAUAGCACUGGCCACUGUUUUGAAUCACAAUGAAGCGAUCAAAGCCAUAAACCUGAACCGGCCGAUACUGUACAGUGAAGAGGAAGAAUCCACAGUCCACCUCGCCCUGAUGUUGCGAGCCAACAGCACUCUCGUCGAACUGCAUUUGUGUAAGCAUGAAAUGAAGAAUUUUGGUGCUGAACGCUUGUGUGAUGCCCUGUAUGAAAACCACAGCCUGCGGUAUCUUGAUCUCAGCUGUAAUAAAAUUACUCGAGAUGGGGUCAGGUUUCUGGGAAAGCUGUUGAAACUGAACAAUACCCUGGAAAUCCUGGAUCUCAAUUUUAACAGGAUAGAAGACGAUGGAGCUUUGUACCUUAGCGAGGCACUUGCUUUGCAGAACCGGACACUUCAAGCGUUAGGAGUGACGAACAACAACAUAGCCGGGCAAGGACUGGUGGCACUUGCCGAGGCAAUGAGAACAAACCAAGUACUUUCCUAUAUCUACAUCUGGGGAAACAAGAUUGAUGAACCAGCAUGCGUGGCGUUUGCAGACAUGCUUCAAAGUGGCCGCCUGAAGCCGACCAACACUGAUGUUGAGCCGUAUGUAGUGGACGGGCGCACAUACCUCGCCGAACUCUCCCAUGGCCUCAAGAAACAUUACUAUUGGACACCAAGCUACGGAGUGCCUGAUAACAGCGAUGCCAAUGCCUGUCUUGCUAUAUCACCUGUGGCAGAGCAUUUGUGA